UAUAUUUCAUACGUACUUCUCUAUUCACACGUUUCUUUCUCGGUUUUUUCUUUUGUCGUAUCUUUCUCUCUCGUUUACAAGUAUACAUACACCAACCAUUCGAAAUUUCGAAUGUUCAGAUAUUAUAUAUCGGUUUAUGGGCUAUGUUAUGUUAUUAAAGCCCAUUAAACCUAUAUAUUCAUAUAUAUCUCAGGAAUGUUAAAUAAUCAUCAUGUAUGGUAUAAACUCACUAGAAUGUUAGAUAAUCAUGAUAUGAUUCUUUCUCUUUUCUGUUACUAUAUGUUUCCACUUUUAGUUGAUUUCUUAGCUGUUUGAUUAGAUCUUCGUCCCUUUACAACGUCUACUUAAUUACUUGUUGAUUUUUUAUGUUUAUAACUAUUUUUAGAUUUUGUGAUAUGUUUUUUCUUUGAAUUGCUUAUAUAUAUUUGACAUUCACGCUUAAAUUGAUCAUUACACACUCAUUUUCGUUUUUAUUUAAGAUAAUUUCAUUCAUACUGUAUAAUCAAAAAUGACUAAAGCCAUCACUCUUGCUAUCUUCAUGGUCAUCCUCGUUUUAGGGAUGGUUACAAAGGAAACGCAAGGAGGAGAAGUAAAAAAGUGUUAUUCAUAUAUCAUAACACCGAAAGAAAACUGCGAGAGUUUGAUAUGUGCAUAUGAAUGUACUAGGAAGUAUAAUGGAUUCGGCGAGUGUUAUGAUACUACGAGCACGACAUGCAUCUGCGCUCAUAAUUGCAAUAUUUGAUUUGUCUUCUGAUUUGUAUCACACACACACAAACUAUUAUCAAUCUUGGUAUUU